GCUGCGGAAGGCGCCGCGCGCAGCUACGCGCACUUCCUCUCAGGGAGACCGCGGAGGGAACGCAGGCUCGAAGAGCUCCGGGACGCUGAGGCCCUGCUCCUGUCAGACGGCGCAGACAUGUCGGAACAAAGUAAGGACCUGAGCGACCCCGACUUGACAGCCGAGACCCCCAACCGCGAAGUGCACAGCAGCCCAGGGGUUCCGGCGGGGGGCCCUGCACCCGUCUCCCAGGCAGCGAGCCUCGCAGGGCCACAGAGCCCUCCUCUAGGCCCGACGGCCCUCUCGCAGCCCGAGCCGCCGCCCCAGGCCCCGAGCGAUGAGGAGGACCCGAAGGCCCUGCUGCAGGCAGCUGAGGAGGGCCGCGCCCACCAGGCCCCGAGCGCGGCCCAGCUGGGCCCCGCGCCGCCCGCCCCUGCCCAGCUGGUGCAGAAGGCACAUGAGCUCAUGUGGUACGUGCUGGUCAAGGACCAGAAGAAGAUGAUCAUCUGGUUUCCAGACAUGGUGAAAGAUGUCAUUGGCAGCUACAAGAAAUGGUGCAGAAGCAUCCUCAGGCGCACCAGCCUCAUCCUUGCCCGAGUCUUUGGGCUGCACCUGAGGCUGACCAGCCUGCACACGAUGGAGUUUGCGCUGGUCAAGGCUCUCGACCCCGAGGAGCUGGACAGGGUGGCACUGAGCAACCGGAUGCCCAUGACAGGCCUUCUGCUCAUGAUCCUGAGCCUCAUCUACGUGAAGGGCCGAGGCGCCAGAGAGAGCGCCGUCUGGAACGUGCUGCGCAUCUUGGGGCUGCGGCCCUGGAAGAAGCAUUCCACCUUCGGGGAUGUGAGAAAGCUCAUCACCGAGGAGUUCGUCCAGCAGCAUUACCUGAAGUACCAGCGCGUACCCUAUGUUGAACCUCCGGAGUAUGAGUUCUUCUGGGGCUCCCGAGCCACGCAAGAGAUUACCAAGAUGCAGAUCAUGGAGUUCCUGGCCAGGGUUUUUAAGAAAGAUCCCCAGGCCUGGCCUUCCAGAUACAGAGAAGCUCUGGAGGAGGCCAGAGCUCUGCGGGAGGCCAGUCCCAGUGCCCACUGCCCCCGAAGCAGUGUGUCUGAGGACUAGUGAGGUCUGGAGGCAGAUUGAUGGUUUCCGACCCCCACCAGGGCUGUGGAAGGGUGGGGGGCAGGUCUUAGAGUAUUCAGGAUUUACAGUGCAGUAUUUCACGUGUAACCUUUCAGUUUUCAGUACAGUGCUUUUAUACCUUUUAAUGCAAUGUUGUAUUCAUUUGGGUACUAUCAAGUAGCGUUUAGCAUUUAUGCAUGUUUGUUUAUAAGUAAGCUCUGUUGGUGCUUCGCUUUUGUGCUACCUUUCUUGGAUUUUUUGUACCAGAGAUGUGCUAAACUUAUGAAAUACAUUGAGAAGUUUUCCAUCUUAUUCUUUUAUAUGGGACGAUUGAUGUGUACUGGGGUAGACUGCACCUGGUGAGUGUGGAAGAACUCACCAGCACAGCUGGCCUAACCAAGAGAAAAGCCCAAGGCCCCUCUUUAUGACCUUGAUGGGCACAAGCAACAUCUGGAGUGAACUGUUUUGAACUGAGAUGGUCUCAAUGUGGGCACUUGGCACACUUUACUAAACACAUAUACAACCUACCAUGAGUAAACUUUAAACAUUAAAGAUUCUUGUGAUACAAUCA